GUGAAAUACUAUGAUUACCGUUUACGACCUAGGACCUUCCAGAUUUCCCGAACAUGUUAGUGGUUCUCCCAAUACGCGAAAGGUCAUAUUUUCGCUCAACUACAAGAAGCUCCCGUUCAAAGUCUCCUUUGUCGAUUUGAACGAGGUUGACCAGAUUGCAAAAUCCAUCGGGGCACCUCCAACCACCACCAAUCCGGACGGUUCACCCAAAUACAGCACUCCAUUCAUUCACGACUCCUCCACUGGGAAAUCUAUCUCUGAUUCGCUCUUAAUCGCAGAAUACCUGGACAAAGCGUACCCAACGACCCCGAAACUCCUCCCCGAAGGCACUCGGGUACUACAAGCUGUCUUCGUCGACACUGUUACCACGAAGGCCCACGCCCUAAUAAGUGUUCUUCGCCCCAAAUACCCGGAAUGGUUCUUCCCCGAGUUUUUGGCGGAGAUAGAGAAGCGCAUUGGGGCACCUAAGCUGCUCUCGCAGGAAGAAACGAAGGAGGUAUGGGCAAAUGGGAAGAAGAGCUUUGAUGAACUCUUGGGCGCGUAUGAAAGUGCUGGAGCGGGAACGUUCGUAAUGGGUGGUGAUAACCCCGUGUUUGCGGAUUUUGCUUUGGCAGCAUUGUUUUCUAGUGUGAAGAUUAUGUUUGGGACUGAGAGUGAGGAGUGGAAGAACGUGAGCGGGUGGAUUGGGGGUAGGACGGGAAAGGUGGUAGAGGAGACUUUUAAGUAUGAGAGAGUAUAA